UAUAUGCCUAAAUUCUCAUGCACCGCUUCUAUCCAUCUCCAUUACUCCUAAUCUGUGACCAAAAUUUGAUUUUUCACCGACCCUUUUGAACUGGGAUUUUGCCCUUUAUUUUUCUGAUUUUUCCACAACCAUGGAGAACCCUUCUGAUACCAAUCAACAAAACAGCCGCAUUUCGGGUGCUAAAGAUGUUGUGGUGAAAGUGAGGAACAAUUUGAUCAUCAAAUCCAAGUGGGCUGAGUUGAAUGGUGCAAUGGGCGAUUUGGGUACUUAUAUUCCAAUCAUCUUGGCUUUGACGCUAGCCAAGGACCUUAAUCUUGGCACGACGUUGAUUUUCACUGGGAUUUACAACUUUGUUACUGGUGCAAUCUAUGGUGUCCCAAUGCCUGUUCAGCCCAUGAAGUCCAUUGCAGCAGUGGCAAUCUCUGAUGUUGAUUUUAACAUCCCAGAAGUCAUGGCUGCUGGGAUUUGUACUGCUGCGAUUUUGCUUUUGCUUGGUGCAACUGGGAUGAUGCAACUUGUGUAUAGGUUCAUUCCCCUGUCAAUUGUGCGCGGAAUUCAGCUUGCACAGGGGUUAUCAUUUGCAAUGUCUGCUGUUAAGUAUGUUAGGAAAGAACAGAACUUUUCAAAGUCGAAAUCGGUUGGGGACAGGCAUUGGUUAGGAUUAGAUGGAUUGGUGUUGGCUAUUAUUUGUGCUUGUUUCAUUGUUAUUGUUAAUGGUGCCGGUGAUGAUGAUCGUUGCAGAGUGGGAACAGGGGAAGUUGAAGAUGAAUUUGGUGAUAUUAACAAUGAUUCCAACAGAUUGACAAGGAAAAGGAGAUGGUUGAGAAGAAUCAUUUUCUCUCUUCCUUCUGCUUUCAUUGUGUUUCUGCUUGGAGUUGUUUUAGCUAUUAUAAGGGAGCCUAAAGCUCUGAAAGCCUUCAAGUUUGGGCCAUCUUCCUUUGAAGUUGUUAAGAUAUCUAAGCAUGCUUGGAAGGAAGGAUUUAUCAAAGGAACCAUCCCUCAGCUUCCUUUAUCAAUCCUGAAUUCAGUCAUUGCUGUGUGUAAGUUGUCGACGGAUCUUUUCCCCCAAAAGGACAUUUCAGCUACAUCAGUUUCCAUCACUGUUGGGCUGAUGAAUCUUAUAGGAUGCUGGUUUGGAGCCAUGCCAUGCUGCCAUGGAGCUGGUGGACUAGCUGGGCAGUAUAAGUUUGGAGGAAGAAGUGGAGGGUGUGUAGCCAUUCUCGGGUUGGCGAAAUUGGUGUUGGGGUUGGUUUUAGGUAGCUCCAUCGUGAAGAUACUGAAUCAGUUUCCAGUUGGUGUAUUGGGAGUUCUGCUAUUGUUUGCCGGGAUUGAGCUCGCAUUAUGCGCAAGGGACAUGAACACGAAAGAAGAUGCAUUCGUGAUGCUAGUCUGCACUGCUGUUUCUCUCGUAGGAUCUAGUGCAGCGCUUGGAUUCGUUUGCGGGAUUGUUGCUUAUUUGAUCCUUAAGCUGAGAAAGCUUGGUGAUGGUAAUGGACAGCCUUUUACAUCCGUUUGCUUCGGCAGCAACCCUUGAUUUUUUUCCCCAGAAAUUUACUUUGUGCAAUAGUGUUGUGUGCUGAUGUUUGUUUGAUACAACUAGGGCCCUAGAUACAACUUCCGUCUCAAAAUGAUUGUCCGUUUGUUAGAGGGAGUAUACAACUAUCUGUUAAUUCGUUUUGUUUUCGCCAUUUCAUGUUCGCGAUCACGAACUGAUCAGGUAGAAACUGUUUUCACUUUUCACCAAGAGGAUUGAACUUUAUGACAAUUUAUCAUUGAGUGUCUAUUUGAAGAAAGACAUUAAGCAUUGUGAAAUACAGAUCUUCAGUGGCUCUUAAAGC